CGCAACUCUUUCUCGACCCUCCACAAAAGGCAGACAAGAUGCCCCGCGAGAAUCAGAAGAGAGGUCGUCGAGCCGCCGACAAGGCCAACAAAGAGGCCUCCAAACGCAAGCGCGAUGAACUCCCCGAAGAGACCCUUCCCAAGCGCAUGAAGCCUUCGACCGACGAGCCGGACAACAACGAUUUCACCGAGGGCGCCGAUUACAUCGCAUUGGAUGCCGACCAAAGUUACAACAACCAGACUGAACAGGACGGCUUCGACCAGGAGAAUGGCGGUGCCGGCGAGACGGUGUUCUUCGGUCUGUUAGAUCCGGAGGAACAGGAAUACUUCUCCCGCGCCAGCGAGGUGCUGGAGUUGAACCAAUUCGGCGACGAGGAGGAACGGCGCGUGUUCAUCGACAGUGUGUAUACGGAGGCUAGUGGCAAGGAACUGAAGAUUGCCUGCAGUCAGUCGUGCUCGCGGCUGAUGGAGAAGCUCAUCUCGCUGUCCGACAUGCGACAAAUCCGCCGUCUGUUCAGCAAGUUCCUCGGUCAUUUCUUGCACCUCGUUCAGCACCGGUUCGCCAGUCACUGUUGCGAGACCCUGUUUAUCAAUGCGGCGCCCGGAAUCACCCAGAAACCGACCAAACCAAAAGCGGAGAAGAUGGAGGUAGAUGGAGAGGAGGAGCCGGAACCCGAGUUGUCGCUUUCUGAGAUGUUCAUGGCGGUCGUGGAGGAACUGCAAGGGAAUUGGGGAUACUUGCUGACUGAACGGUUCGCGUCGCACACCAUCAGAGUCCUCCUGCUUGUGUUGGCGGGAGAGCCGGUCGAUCUGUCAUUGAGCGACUCGGUCGUCGCUAGCCGAAAGAAGGAGAGACUUGGUCUCGCGAACGCCGACAACACGCCGAAGGCAAACCCUGUAGCCGAGAAGAGAGGCGUUCCCGAGAAUUUCGAGUCUACUCUGAAGAAGAUCAUGAAGGACAUGGUGUCCGGGCUCGAUGAUACAUACCUGAGAGCCCUGGCUACCCAUCCGGUGGGAAACCCUGUGCUCCAAGUGCUGGUGUACCUGGAGCUGUCGCAUGUCGGCAAGUCAAGCGCCAAGGAUUCGAAAUCCAUCACCCGACGAUUGAUUCCCGACGAGGAGUUCACGGAAGGUUCCGAGAGCACGAUCUUCGUUCGUGGCUUGCUGUACGACCCAGUUGGAUCGCGUCUCCUGGAGACCAUCGUCAAGUGGCUGCCUGGCAAGCUGUUCAAGGCGCUGUAUAAGAAUCUGAUGCGCGAGCAAAUGGGCUCGCUUGCGCGCAACAUCACCGCCGGAUACGUCGUCCUCCGCAUCCUCGAGCGUCUCGGCAAGGAUGACCUCCAGCAAGCGGUGGAGUUGAUUAUCCCGCAGAUCGCCGGUCUCAUUGAGCGGACCCGCCUGAUCGUGCCCAAGGCGUUGAUCGAGCGCUGUCUCGUCCGCGGGGUCGAUACUACCCCGAUCGCUCGCGCUCUGGAAGCCGCCUACGACCGCGACCCGGCUCGACGACUCGAUCAGAUGCUGUGGCUUGAGGGUUUCUCUCAAGACAGUGUAGAGCAGCCAAAGUUCGGCGAGGAGGGUGCCAGCGCUGGCAACAACCCGAAGGCCCUCGCGGCGGCCCGACUUCACAGCUCAUUGCUGGCGCAGACGAUGCUGACCGCGCCGGGAGCGUUGAGCGGGCUGGUGUACUCGGGGUUGCUGGCGCAGUCGACGGAAUCGCUGCUGAAGAUCGCCACGGAUCCCACUGCCUCGCACGUCCUGCAGCAAGCCCUCACGCAGCCCACCUCGACGACGCAGUUCCGCCGUCAGAUCGUCACCCGCUUCAGCGGACAGCUCACGGACCUCGCGCUGGACAGCAGCGGAUCCCGCGUGGUCGAUGCCCUGUGGCCGGCGACGAAGGAUAUCUUCUUCAUCAAGGAGCGGAUGGCACAGGAGCUGGCGCAGAACGAGAUGGCGCUGCGCGACUCCUUCGUGGGGCGGGCUGUGUGGCGGAACUGGUCGAUGGACCUGUACAAGCGAUUCCGCGGCGAGUGGGCGGCCAAGGCCAAGGGCUUGGAUCAGGCGCGGGGCCCGGGCGAGCGGCCCAAGUCGCGGAUCGAAUUGGCCCGAGCCAAGUUCGCGGCGAGGGCGGAGGAAGAUGCGCAGAAGGCCACGGCCAAGUCUUAGCGGGAUGUGAUGGAUGGCCUUAUGAGUGAUGCUGCUUUCGAAAACUGUACAUAGACUCCGCGAAAGAGCAUUGUAUUAUACAGCGGAUAGAAAAGUUGUUCUUGCACGGGGAAUCUCUUAAUCAAUUUAUUUGCC